AUACGCAAAAAAUUCUGAUGAAUCUAACCAAACGAGGAAAAGGACAUUUUUAAGAGUGUCAUUUUCAUCCGGCGCAGCCAACCUUCGUCACUUGGUGUUAUGAUCCCAUGAGAGGGGCAUAUAUCGUGCUCGAAACAUUCUAAGGUUAAUGCCGCUUCAAAAUGAGUCAAAAGAAGUUAAGAACUUUAUGUUCAAGUUGCAUUUUUGUUUCAAUUCUGUUGAUUAAUAACUCACAGCAAAUGUAUGUUCCAAGAAUGAAUAACCAGAUUGACAGGAUACAGCCAGCACUCAUCAAUCUUGACGUAAAAUGUCCUUGGUCUUCGUGUACGAGCCGGGAUGAUGCGUUAGAGAGGGCCAAUAGGGCUUGUCUGGUUGCUUUUAAUUACCUCAAAAGGCUUGGUGAAGAGGAGGUUGGCGGUUGCGCUCGUGCGUACGAUACCAGAUGCCAGAGGGACCCCCCUCUUGCCUAUCAUAAGGGCCUCGAAUGCAUUGGAGAAUACGUGCCAGAUCGUCGCGAUCCGAGAACUGUUUAUAAAAUUACUCUCAAAGAAUGUAUGGAGCGGGUGAAGAAGAACCCCUGAAUAUAUCUACUCUCUCUCAAAAUCGAAGAGUGUGGGUGAAGGGCAGCAAAGGACCACUAUCGCGGAGGAAAACCCUCGGUUGCAAGGGCUAAGCUACAGCUCACAUGGCGUCCUAAAGUUUUCGGUCAUAAAAAUUUCACUUCGGUCCACAUGACCGAAAUUUUCGGUCGGAACUAUAAUCUUUAGUUUGGUUAGUAAAACCUUUAUUACCUGCAUCGAGGGUAAGCUUUUAUGGCCGACAACUUCGGUUACCUGGAUCAAAUACUUCGGUGUACCAAACGAACUAUCUAAAUUUUUUCUCCAAGACCGAUAAAAUACAGACAUCAGUGCGUAAGAAGUAGAGCAGACCGUUAUGUGAAUAUCGGAGAAAAAACAAAAGAAGCAGAGGAAGAAAAGUGUUAAACAAAUGAAACAAAAUUCACCACUGACUAAUAUUUACUGUGAUAAAAGUG